AUGGGAUGGGCGAUAUUUUGUGCCAUAUGUGGUGGUCCCUUCUCCAGCGAAGUGGAUAUAGACCCUGAGAAUACGGACGAGUGUUAUCGCGACGAAGUUCUGAGGGAUUUCGACCUGGGAUGGUUGGACGAUCUCUGUGCUCUGGAUAUCAACCCUGGCGCGCUUGGGAAUGAUAAAUCUUUUCUCACUGGUAUCGGUGACGCUCAGGACUAUGGAAUUGUUGAGGUUGCCAUGGGAGAAGAUCCGAACUUUCCCAUACAGAAUAAUGCCCCUAUGAUUGCCUAUCAUGACCAUGCCGGCAUUGGUGACUCUCGCGAGCCUCAUGUUUUUCCUUUCCAUCCAAUUUGCUACAAGGAUAUCCUCCAGAGAUGCAUCCGCCAGGAAGAUUCCAAGCAGAUUAGGAGGGACGUCCUGUUUGAUGUCUUUGAAGGGUUGAAUGGGGGGCAGUACGUCAGGUUGCAGCUUAAUUAUGGCGAACCAGAGCCUCCCGCAGAGCAAAUUUGGUAUACCAAUCCAGUUGAAAUUCCCCAGCUGGAUGUCGAUUUUGAUAUCAUCAUGAAGUCCCAAGACAAAAAGGCAGGACAGGUUCAGAAUCCCCAAGGCAAAGACGUUUUCAAUAGGCUCCCAACUGAGUUGCGGCAUGAGGUUUUCAAACUCCUUCCAGCUGGAUGUAUUCUUGCUCUGAAGGCCGCCUCGUGGGUGAUGCAUACUACUACCUUGUCACACGAGUUUUGGAAGCACAGAUUAAGAAGUGAAAUGCCGUGGCUUUGGGAACUUCAUGAUUUCGACGUCUUCGAAUCUCAAGAAUUAGAAGCUAAAGCUUCCAAGCUACUUCUCGACAUUCCGGUGAAAAGUCAGUACACAUCCAAGAAUGAUGAUUAUAUUUUGGGACUUGCCAACAGGAGGAGGAUUUGGGGCAUCUGCGAGCAGAUUCAAAGUUUGUACUUUGAGAAACUCAAGGAUGUUCCCAAUGCAGACAGCUAG